AUGUAUUUGGAAUUAACUGAAUCAGAUUUAUGUGAAUGCUCAAAUAUUUUAUCAGUUGCAAAUAUUUUGGAUCUUGAAGAAUUAGGGUAUAAUAAUAAUAAUCAUGAAAUAGAACUUAUUUUACCAUCACAUAACUUAAAAAUUAAUGAGAUAAUUGAUUUGACAAAUUUUGAUACUGAAAUAGAUAUUAAUACAAAUGAAGAUUUACAACAAGAUAAUUUGAAACCAGUUGAUCCAGUAAAUUUGGAUUAUUAUCCAUAA